UGCAAUGGAAAUAAAAAGAUUUAGGCAUUUCUUCAGCCGGUAGAUACUCAAUAACUUGAUGUUGCCAUUUUAUCUUGUAAGAUCCGAAUCAUAAUUACAAAAAAAAAAAAAAAGGAGAACGAAAAGACGUGAGAAAAUUUAAACAUAUUCUUUAAGUAUCAGCUCUCAAUCGUUGAAAAUACAAUUCCAAUUGCUAAAAGACUUUAUAAACGUUACAAAAUCUGUCUCAAUCUUUGGCACAAAAGAAAAGUACGAAAAGCAAAGGCCAGACCAGACUUCCCAUGAUCCAAUCCCAACUCAAGGUCUUUUCUUUGUCCCUUUUUCUUCCCUCUUCAAUACUUUGAACCUGGAUUUUUCAAACGCACGAUUUUUUCCGGUCUUUCUCAAACACCCAUUUCUUGUAGUAAACACGCAAUUUAUCUCAUCAAUUCUUUUCGAAGAUCCUAUCUUUUAUCUCACAAUUUGAUCAAACAAAUCCUUCCUUUCUUUUUUUCUUUUCUUGGGUGAAUAGAUUAAUAUCUUUUGUCGUUUGCUAUUGUCUUUUAAAGAAGGGUGAUUUGCUAAUCGUUGGUAGUUAAAUUCCCUAUCUUUCUUAAACAACCGACAGUUGCCUUUUAGUAUCAAAAUUAAACCAAACCAAAACUUGCUCAAUUUUUUUUUUUUCUCUUCAAGAUUCAACCAAGAAAAGGAAAACCAAAAUCGCCAUGAAAGAGGACCAACGCCCUCCUCUUCACCUUCAAAACCACCAAAGAAACAAGCUUUCCAUCACCAAACUCUUCACUCAUACCAGCGCCUACGUUAUCCUCGUCUUGCUCAGCUACACAUUGGGUUACGUUUCUCACUCCUAUCCUCCCCAACAACAACAACGACUACAACUACAGCUUUCCCAACUAACUCCUCCUCCUCCUUCAGUAUUCCAAUUCGCCAACUUACCCACCCAACUCGACAACUUUCGGGUCACCGCUCACUGCUCUAACUCUCCUCUCCCUCCCAACCUGGUCUUCCCAACGAUUCUUGACCGAGUCUUCAAUGGCUGCUCUCCUUACACCAAUUUCCCGCCACCUCACCUUCGCUCCUUCCUUAAGCAAAAAAGAAUCAAAGGCUGGGGAUCCUACGGUGCCGUUUUUGAACACUUGAUCAAACGAGUCAAACCCCGAGUUAUCAUCGAAGUAGGCACUUUUUUGGGUGCGUCGGCUCUGCACAUGGUCAACGUGACCCGUAAACUCAGCCUACAAACACAGAUACUCUGCCUCGACGACUUUCGUGGAUGGCCAGGCUUCAGAGACCGUUUCAAAGACAUUAAAAUGAUAAACGGCGACGUUCUGUUGCUUCAACAGUUUAUGCAAAACGUCGUUUAUUUCAACGCCACCGGGUCGGUUUUACCCGUUCCAUUCUCAAGAGGGUCGGGUCUUGAGAAGUUUUGUAAGUGGGGAAUAACCGCGGAUUUAAUUGAGAUCGAUGCGGGUCAUGAUUUCAUAUCCGCUUGGGGAGAUAUAAACCGGGCGUUUCGGAUCUUAAGACCCGGUGGGAUAAUUUUUGGGCACGAUUAUUUUACGGCGGCAGAUAACCGUGGUGUAAGAAGAGCAGUAAAUUUGUUUGCACAGAUGAAUAAUCUCAGGAUCCAAACAGAUGAUCAACAUUGGGUCAUUGAUACUGCUUUAGCAAAACAGAUUUGAUAGCAAAGAUAGGGUUUUUUUUUUUUUUUCCCUUAGAAGGGAAAUAAUUUUAUUAGGUUUAUCAACGGUAAAUUGUAAAAAAUUUUGUGAUGGAACUUUGGUUUCUUUGUUGAUUGUGUAAUAAUGGCAUUUUCCAUAGAGUUGAUAAUAGAAAUUUUAAACAAAGAUU